AUGGUAACUAUUUCUAUUUUGAAGAAAUCAAGAGAGAGGGAAAAAAAGGGAAGUGGAAUGAUCAAGAGCAGCUUGUCAUUCAUAAUGGGCACAGCCUGUGGAAUUUACAUAGCCCAGAAUUACAACCUUCCUAAUCUUCGCAGCCUCUUCAACGCCGCCAUUAACAAAGCUAAGCAAAUCGAGCACAAUUACCGCAAGCCCAAGCCACGCGAUGACGAUAAAUAAAUAUGCCUACCAACUGUUUGUGGAGGAAAUGAAUGGGGAGGACGAAACGAGUAGGCAGCUGAGGCGAGGCACGGUGCUAUAGAAACAUGAUUAGCCGUCUAAGAAUUGAUCACAGAUAACACUUUAUAUCUUUCAAUUCAUUUGUUUUUCAGCAUGUAAAGUAUAAAGCAUUUCAUGUUUAUAUGAUUUAUGCCUAAGAUAUAGUAGGUAUCAAUUUGGGCUAUUAAGGGAACAAUGAAGAUAUAUAGUAUAAUUGUACUAAUACUUUUGAGUUUGAGUUUGAGUUUGAGUGUUACUCUUCUUUUA